AUGUCAGAGAAUGUUCAAAAGACAACAACCCAAAUUCGGGGUGAUCACAAAAAGUGGAAAUGUCACAAAAUGAUCGAUGAACCAGGUCAUGCCAGAUGCGUUGCCACUAUGAGUAUGAACGUCGAUACUUGUACACACUGCGGACAGCGACGCGGGAAGAACGCUGUUGCUCUAUCUCAGAACGAUGAAGUGUUGGGCAGCCUUAUUGACUUUGAGGCUGAUGGAACAGAGAAAUGGCACUAUAAUCUCAAAGUGAACGGCGUCCACAAUUGA